AUCACCGACAUCCAUCUUUAGCAGGGACAUCAACAGAUAAAACAAAUUGCCCUACGAAGGCACCGUUCGUAAAAAUCCAGUGACAUGAAAACGGGCAGCGCAGACGCUUCUUCUUUGUGUGCGGGGCCUGCUGACCAGUGACUCGCUCGAUUUUGCUAUGUCAAAAACACGACGAUAAAAUCACGCGCAAUUGAAAAACGCGCCACAAACGGUUUCUCACGCGUUCUUAAGGUUUCAUUUUCGUCUCUAUUUUCAAAGCGUACCGCAAUAUGAAAACUAUGAAGUAUAUUUUGGUGACGGGUGGCGUGAUUAGCGGGGUCGGUAAGGGCGUUAUUUCCAGUUCUUUUGGGGCGAUACUGAAGUGUUGCGGUAUCGAGGUGACCAUGAUCAAAAUCGAUCCUUACAUCAAUUUGGACGCCGGCACGUUUUCUCCUUACGAGCACGGCGAGGUGUACGUGCUUGACGAUGGAGGCGAAGUGGACCUGGAUCUGGGAAACUAUGAGCGGUUCCUCAACAUCACUCUUCACAGCCAGAACAAUAUCACUACCGGUAAAAUAUACCAGCAGGUGAUCAACAAAGAACGUCACGGCGAUUAUUUGGGAAAAACCGUGCAAGUGGUGCCUCACAUAACAGAUGCUAUCCAGGAAUGGGUAGAAAAGGUGGCCCACAAACCCGUCUCGGAGAACGGCAAGGUCCCGGAAGUAUGCAUCAUAGAACUAGGAGGCAUCGUCGGAGACAUAGAAAGCAUGGCGUUCAUCGAGGCGUUCAGGCAGUUCCAGUUCCGGGUGGAGCGGGACAACUUCUGUGUCGCUCACGUGUCACUCGUUCCUCAGCCUAAGACCACGGGCGAGUCGAAAACCAAACCGACCCAGACGUCCGUACGGGAACUAAGAGGGGCGGGACUCUCGCCCGACAUUAUUGUCUGCCGUUCGGAGAGACCGAUCACGCAGAACGUCAAAGAGAAGAUAUCCAACUUUUGCCAUGUGGCGACGCAACAGAUAAUUAGCGUGCCAGAUCUGUCGUCGGUCUACGAAGUGCCGGUGUUCAUCGAGAAACACGACAUGGCGAAGUUCCUGUGCCACCGCCUGCAGCUGGGCAUCGGGCCGCUCCCGCCUAUGAAGCGGUACAUGACACCGUGGAUCGAGCUAGGAGCGAAGAUGCGUCACCUCAAGGACGAACUCUCGGUGGCGAUAGUCGGCAAGUACACGCGUCUCGAAGACUCUUACACGUCGAUCACCAAAGCGCUGCACCACGCGGGCAACAAGAUCGGCUACAAGGUCAACAUCAAGUUCAUCGAGGCGUCCAAUUUAGAGAAGACGAUGCUCGUCGAUGACCCCGCCUCCUACCACAGCGCCUGGCGCGACCUCUGCCUGUGCGACUGUAUGGUGGUGCCCGGUGGGUUCGGUAAGCGCGGCGUGGAGGGGAUGAUCGAGGCCGUACGUUGGUGCAGGCUCAACGACAAACCCUUCCUCGGCAUUUGUCUCGGAUUCCAGGCAGCCGUUAUCGAAUUUGCCAGGAACGUACUCGGGCUCGAAGACGCUUACUCCACCGAGGUGAAGGAGGACGCGACGAAUCCGGUCGUCAUCGACAUGCCGGAACAUAACCCGGGCGCAAUGGGCGGUACCAUGAGGCUGGGUAAACAGACGACAGUGUUCAAAGCGUCGUCAGCGGAUAGUAAGAUCAGACGGCUCUAUGGUAACCCGAAAGAGAUCGAAGAGCGGCACCGCCACCGAUACGAGGUGAACCCCACCUAUAUUGACGAAUUGGAGGAGCACGGUCUCAAAUUUAUCGGGGUGGAUAGAAACCAAGAGCGGAUGGAGGUACUCGAGCUCGAGGGUCAUCCCUAUUUUGUGGCGGUGCAGUUUCAUCCCGAGUAUUUGUCCAGACCCAUGAAACCUUCCCCGCCUUUUAUGGGGCUAAUACUCUCCGCUAAGGAGAGGCUCAAGGGGUACUUUGCAAGGGGUUGCAAACUGUCACCCAGAGAGCCCCAGUCCGACUGUUACGAUUCAGAAGACGAAUUGAACGAGUUGACAGUAAAAAAGAUAAAUCUCGACAAAGACGAGGACAACAGCAGCGCUUAUAGUAGCUCCAGCUUGUUGUAAGUUGGCCCCAUCGCUAGCCGACAUCAACUCCUUAUUUAUUCCUUGC